AUGGAGCAAGGUAGCAUCGACGAGGAUCUCGAAUCCUUGGAGGAAUGGUACUCGAAAUACAUGACACGGGGAGACCCGACCAAAAUACUUGAUCACCCAUGCUCCGAGUCACUCGACAUCGACGCAAUUGAAGCCCAGGUUAUGUUGGACAAUUUCCCCGACUCGGACUUCGAGUAG